AUGGUAGCACGCCGAAUUCCGCCUGUAGUACACUCAGCCGUCCCCUCCCCCCUCACUGUCUCGUCGCACACGCAUUGCGCUCCUGCCGCCGCGCGCGCUAAGCACCGUCCAGCAGCGCACGUGCCUGCCCUUCCUUGCGGCGCGCUCUGCCCUUCCUCAAUCCGCCCCUUCCCUCACCCUCCUCCUCCUUCCCUCUCUCCUUUGUGCUUCCCCCAAUACCUCACCUCUUCCUCCUCCUAUUUUCUCUCCCCAUCUGCUGCGGCUCGUAGCUCCUUCGGCACAGCAGCAGACUACUCCGCCAUUUUCCCUCCUCCUCUGGUUUCUCCCCUCAUCGGCGCAGCAGCAGACUACUCCGCCAUUUUCCCUCCUCCUCUGGUUUCUCCCCUCAUCGGCGCAGCAGCAGACUACUUCGCCAUUUUCCCUCCUCCUCUGGUUUCUCCCCGCAUCGGCUCAGCAGCAGACUACUCCGCCACUUUCCCUCCUCCUCUUGUUUCUCCCCUCAGCGGCUCAGCAGCAGACUACCCCACCCUUAUUCCUCCGCCUCUUAUACCUCUCCCCAUAUCUGCUCUGCAGCUGUUUCCUCCUCCUCAUGGCGACCUCUCUCGCCCUCCCCUCCCUCCCUCUACUGGUCCUUCAGCUUGCGCCCGAUGUGGCUCUAACCUAUGGUUUGUCACUCAGCAGAGUGGUUAUGGCGCCAUUCCCACCUCUCCCUCUGGACCCACCUCUUCCUCCUCUGACCCCUAUGCUGAUGGCCUCCAUGCUGCCAUUGCUGAAACUGAGCGGCUUGUGACCACGGCGCAAGCCACCGCCACGGCUGCUCCUAACAAUGCUGCUGCCCGUGACUUAGCUUGUAUUCUUGCUGAGUCUCUCGAGAGCACCCGCAAGCGCCUCACUGAGCACCUCGCUGCCCCUUCUCCUCGCUUUGCGUCUACGCCCAUUUCCUCUGCUCCAUCUCACUAUGACCUUCUCGCUGACUGGCAUGUUGCCAACGCACGUGCCUGUCAGGUCAUCGUUGCCUGCCUCCCUCCAACUCUUCUCCCUCAGUGCUCGCACAUCCGCUAUGCCAAGGACCUUCUCAGCUAUCUUACCGAGCGCUUCCAGUCGCUGACUCCUAUCAGUGUCAUUGCCCUCUUACGCGAGCUCACCUCUCUUCGUCUUGCUGACUUCACCACCAUGGCGGACUACAUCGCUCGUGUGCAGACGCUGUCCUCCCAACUUGCCUCUCAAAAGUUUGAACUUUCCGAUCAUGUGUGCGGUGCCCUCCUCAUCACUGGCCUCACUCCUGAAUACAGUGUUCAUGUCACUCUGUAUGGUGAGCACCCUACCGACCAGUGGUCGUUCUCUCGUGUCUCUGCCUUCCUCCUCCAGGCAGAGCUCAACCUCCGCAGCUGCCCUCCUACUGCCGCCGCUGUCACACCCUCUUCCGCCCCCCCCUCUCUCCCCACCUCCACUGCCGCCGCUGCUUCCUCUCGCCCUCGCAACACCUUUCCUCCUUGCACCUACAUCAUUCGCCACGGGCCCCGCAAGGGUCAGCCCUGCGGUCGCACCAAUCAUCCCGCCUCCUCCUGCUUCCAGUAUCUCACCGAUGACUGGUUCCUGGCUGGCAACACUGGUCGCCCUCCCAAUUGGCUUCAACUCUCUCGUCAGCGUCGCCAGUCUUCUGCCUAG